AUGCCACCAAGAGUAGACAGCGUAGCGCUACUCGAACGCACAAUGCAAAUGAUCAGGGAAACUCACAUCGACUGGGAUGAAGACCAAGUCCUGGAGCGCGCCUUCUCGCUAAUAAACAUCCAACCCAACACCAACCAAGCGGAGAAGAUCCCCAAGUCGGUGCUCAGCAUCAUAUCGCAAAUCGUCAAGCUCAACGAGAACAACUGGGCCAUCUGGGAGCCGAUGUUCAUGGACUGUAUCCGGCCGGUCAAGGACGCCAAGCGGAUCCUCACUGAGGAGAUUCCCAGGGGCCACACCGACUAUGAUGAGGAACUGGACAGCCACUUGCUGGGCCUCAUCCUAUCCUCCUGCGACCACGGACCCACCAGCCGCAUCGACACCUACACAGUGCGGGAGCAAGGUGAGGAGGAGCAACUCGGCUCUACACUCUACAGGAAACUCAAGGCCGCACUCACAAUAAACGACGAAGUUAAACUCUCCGCCAUCCACGACCGAGUACACGAAGUAAAGCUAGCCCAGCGGAACAUUGUCAACCUCGGUAAGGAGCUCGACCAAAUCUGGAAUGACGCAGCCAGGCUCGGAAGCCGCAUGGACGAAAAGCUCAAGAAGUCUACUCUGUACCGCUGCGUCAAGGACGACUGGCUCUACACCCAGACAGUAGACUCCCUCAAAGCCGCUCAACCUGGUUGCAGCUACGAGUAUGCCUACCAUGCACUAGCCAAGAAGCACCAAGAAGCCGAGCUCUCAGGUCGUAUCCGAGCCACGGCCAGAGUUGCAAGCAACAGAAGUCCGGCAGGCCAAGCUGGCGAGCACAGGCAGGUCCUUAACCAAGAGGGCUACAACAGGGGCAGGCGUGACCCUGCGCACCCUAAUGAACCGGCCAAGUGCUACAAGUGUAGGCAACCCGGGCACAUCGCCAUCAACUGCACCAACAGCCAGGAGCGAACCCCUACUCAGCAGGAAUAG